CUCAAACCUGACAAGGCUCAGAAAGUUAAAAGCAUACCUCCACUGACCAUCCCCAAGGCUAAUUUUGUCAGUACAACACUGAAACUGCAGAGAUCUCCGGGAUCAACUGACCAUUACAUCUUUGCCCCACUGAGCCACUACAGCUCUACAGGACAUCAUAAUGGAGAACAUCGGCAUAAGACGAAAGAGAAGCAAAAUGGAUCUAGGACUCCGACCUCACCCCCUACUUCCAAUAAAGAUUCUGUCUUUGUAGGGGAGAGGCAGCGAGUGCCCACCAUCAAAAUAUCAGAUAUCAACAGAAAUCCC